UAAUGGCGGAUUGGUUGACUGGAAUCUUUAAAUGUUGGAAGUUCAUUGAGGAAGUCUUAGUCAAUCCCCAGCCAUCGAUUUUGUAUCAUGAGUGGAUGUCCUUACUUUGAGAAGAGGCAUUUGUUGUUCAAAAGCAAGCCUCCCACCCCAGAAGAAGAUGAUGCCUCUCAGGCAGGAGAGAACAAAGCCAGCAAAGGAGGGAUCAUCUACGGAGACUACCUGAAGCUUGAUAAGAUCGUCACAGCCCAGGUUCUGCAGAGCGAGCUGAAGGGGAAUAAGAUCCACGAUGAACAUCUUUUCAUUGUCACUCAUCAAGCCUACGAACUAUGGUUCAAGCAGAUUUUGUUUGAACUUGAUUCAGUGAGACAAAUCUUCAUCAGUGGGCAUGUUCGAGAUGAACGGAACAUGCUUAAAGUCAACACUCGCAUCAACAGGAUUGUCAUGAUUUUCAGACUGUUGGUGGAUCAGUUUUCAGUUCUGGAGACGAUGACUUCGUUGGACUUUUUUGCCUUCAGGGAGUAUCUGGCUCCGGCAUCUGGCUUCCAAAGUCUUCAGUUUCGCUUAUUGGAGAACAAAAUUGGAGUCCAGGACAACCUGCGGGUUCCAUACAAUAAGCGUCAUUACAAGGACAACUUCAAGGGUCUCGACUCUGAAAAGCUGCUGGCCAGUGAACAGGAGCCAACACUGCUAAAACUGGUGGAGGAGUGGUUGGAGAGAACCCCUGGCCUGGAAGCGGAUGGAUUCAAUUUCUGGGAAAAGCUGGAGAUCAAUAUAGUUCACGGGCUGAACCAAGAGAAAGAGAAAAUUGAGGCAAUGGCAGAGUCGGAUGAAAAGGCGGAACUCAUGGCUGAGUUGCUUAAACAGAAAGAGAUCUUUUCUUCACUUUUCGAUGAAAAGCGUCACAAUCAUCUAGUCAGCAAAGGUGAAAGGCGACUGUCUUACAAAGCUCUUCAAGGAGCUCUGAUGAUCUACUUCUACAGGGAAGAGCCGAGGUUCCAGGUUCCAUUCCAGCUGCUCACCUCCCUCAUGGACAUCGACACUCUCAUGACAAAAUGGAGAUACAAUCACGUGUGCAUGGUGCACCGCAUGAUCGGCAGCAAAGCCGGCACAGGAGGAUCGUCUGGCUACCAUUAUCUGAGAUCCACAGUCAGUGACCGCUACAAAGUGUUUGUGGACCUCUUCAACUUGGCCACAUUCCUGGUUCCUCGCCACUGGCUACCCAAGAUGAAUCCCAACCUACACACCUUUCUCUACACGGCUGAGUGCUGUGACAGCUCCUAUUUCAGCAGCGAGGACUCCGACUAAUGGCCGUCUUUCACCCGUCCUGCUUCCUUCAUCUGCAACACUGACUCUCAAACCGUUGGUCACAGAAAGGCAGCGCUGCUCAGGUGACAAGAAAGCUGAUGUUACCAAAAAUACAGAAUAUUGCCACUAAUUACCACAUAAUGGAGUCCAAUGAAACUUAGUGCAUUUUUGUGCAAGUCAACCCCCGUAAACACAAAUCACAACAUCAGAAUACAGAUAAAAUGUGCCUACUUACCACACAUCAAAAAACAUGUUACGUUCUGACCGAUAAGUCCGUCAACAAGUGGACUCCUAGUAAAUAUAUCAUUUUUAACCCCUCAUGAAUUCCAAGUUUUGAAAUUUUCGAAUCUACAGUAUGCAGUUGUUUACAUUAUAAAUUAUCAAAUGGAUAGUUGACUAUCCUUAGAAUAAGUGAAUUGUUAGACAUAUUAAACAUUAAUGGAUUUGUAAUAACAAGUCACAAGUCAAACAAAACACAGAAUAAAAUUUCUGUUUGUUUAUUCACUUUUCCCAGAGUCUCAUUAAACACAUGUAAACUGUUAGCUCUGACCUGACAGAAAUGAUGAACCAUAAUGGCAAAAAUAUUAAAGCAAAUGAAAUAUUAAUGAAUCAAAAGCAACAUUAUCUUUAUUCACAGACAAAAGCUGACAAGUUCAUUACAAACAGAUACUGACGGUCGAAAUAUCACAUUUCAAAGCUGCGGACUUGUUAUCUUGCCCUGCAUAAAUCAAACGGACCAAAUUAACAGCGCUCUAAUCUCUAAUCUUGACCAGUCACAAAGUACACCAGAUGGCACCUUGAUAAGAUUGGCUUUGAUUUUUUUUCAUCAAUCAAAUUAUGCAAAUGCGCCACCGCUGACCUGAAAGUGAAUGGCUGGGGGAGAGAGUGCAGUGAUCAAACUGCAGGCGUUUUUUUUUUUUUUUGUUUUUUUUU